AGGCCGUUGUCCGCACAGCCAAAGUUUUUAUAGAGAGAAUAACAGAGAGAAAUAAAAAGCACAGAGCCUGAAGGAGUCAACUGGUAUACCACUAUACCGUAUACGUUGCAGCGUCUUCGGAUCUAGCUCUGCUGCUGCUCGGGUUUCAGAGUUCACUAAUGGCGGAGUCCUGUCCUUCAAUAAAGAAUAUUCUUCUUCUGGAUUCUGAAGGGAAACGCGUAGCUGUCAAGUAUUACUCAGAUGACUGGCCCACACUUAAUGCAAAGUUGGCUUUUGAGAAGGCUGUCUUUACUAAAACUCAGAAGACAAAUGCUCGGACAGAAGCGGAGAUAGCAAUGUUCGAGAACAAUAUAGUGGUCUAUAAGUUCAUUCAGGACCUACACUUUUUUGUUACGGGUGGUGAUGAUGAGAAUGAGCUCAUCUUAGCAACCGUUCUCCAGGGGUUCUUUGAUGCAGUUGGUCUUCUCCUCAGGAACAACGUUGACAAAAGAGAAGCACUAGAAAAUCUGGAUCUCAUUCUUUUGUGCCUUGAUGAAAUUGUAGAUGGAGGGUUGAUUCUUGAAACAGAAGCAAGUGUUAUUGCAGGAAAAGUUUCAUCACAUAGUAUGGAUACAUCAGCACCCUUAUCUGAGCAGACUAUAACUCAAGCGCUGGCAACUGCACGCGAACAUCUUACAAGAUCCCUUCUGAAAUGAUGCUUGAACCCACACGAAGUUAAGAUGGAGGUGUUUACCCUGUUAUUCUUUUAAAAUUUGUCAUUCUGGGUGCAAGUGUAAUAGUGGAAUAUAUUAUACAGUUAAAUGAUUCACUUUUCUUCUUACAUAAUAUAGUAUAUGAAUGGAUUGAUGAUA